AUGUCGAAAUCGGACCAUCAUGUUCAGUCUCGCGGGUUUCAGACUUCCCUUGAUAUUGUCCGUCGACAGACGUAUCGUGUAGCGCCUGUGGCAGGACAGAAGCGACCUCCGAUAGAGACUUCAGAGCAGGCUGCCGAUCUACCACCCCUUGGUCCAGUCGUAAAGCAAGCUACUUUACCUCGUCGAAAUGUCAAUCCAGACGUCCUAUUGGAAUCAGCACCGCUGGAGUCUGCUCGAGAAUUGCUAACCGCCCCUGUCAAUCGCUUUACUGCCAGCAAGAUUUAUCUCGGCGCUGGGGCUGGCCCAGAACCAUCCCAGGGCGAUCAUCAAAGGGCUGCUUCCGCUCCCCCUCCUAGUCAGAAUCCCCUGCUGUCUCUAUCUAACCCAAAGUAUGGCCUACCGCCCGCUCUUACGGCCAAUUUUGCCGAACUCGGUGUUAAAAACAUCUACCCGUGGCAGGCAUCGUGUCUGUUGGCAAAGGGCCUGCUUUCCGGUGAACGUCAUUUGGUUUACACGGCUCCCACAGGCGGCGGCAAGUCCCUUGUUGCGGAUGUUUUGCUUUUGAAGCGCAUUAUUGAAAAUCCCGGUCGUAAAGCCUUGCUGGUCUUGCCUUAUGUUGCGUUGGUUCAAGAAAAGCUCAAAUGGAUGCGUCGCAUCGUGCAAGAUGUGGAGAAGAAUAUCCCUGAUGAUCAAGAGGACUCUAGAUUCCCUCGCAGGCGAGGGAAGAAGCUGCAGAAAAACAUUCGGGUAACAGGCUUCUUUGGUGGAAGUCGGACCACAGCUACUUGGGCUGAUACUGAUAUUGCUGUUUGUACAAUAGAGAAGGCCAAUUCAUUGAUAAACACCGCGAUCGAAGAGUGUAGUAUCGGUGAUUUGGGGGCCGUGGUUCUCGAUGAAUUGCAUAUGCUUGAUGACGAGCACCGUGGUUACCUCUUGGAACUGAUGGUCACGAAAUUGCUGUUAUUACAGCAGGAUAUUCAGAUUAUCGGAAUGAGUGCUACACUUUCUAACACUGAAAUGCUGGCACAAUGGAUGAACGCCAAGUUCUUUAUCUCAACAUACAAACCGAUUCCUAUUGACGAAUAUUUGGUGUACGAGAAUGGAAUCUAUCCAGCUGCAACAUCGCGACAGCUGUUUCAAACAGCAUCCAAGCUGACUGCUGCUAAGUCUUUGCAUGAUGCCAUUCCUCCCCAUCGAAUUAUCGAACCGUUUACUUUCAAGCAACUUGGCAACUCCGCCACGAAUGCCAUGGUAGCUCUGGCAGUCGAAACUGCAGCCGCUGGCUUUGGAUGUUUGGUGUUUUGUGGUAGCCGUCACGCAUGCCAGAUCCACGCUGCGACUAUUGGCGAAGCGAUGCCGCCAGCAGAGCCUGAAGAGCUGAAUAAGCGACUUGAUCUUCUCGCUGAGCUGCGGAGUCUCUCUUGCGGGUUGGAUCCGGCUUUGGAGAUCACAAUCGCUAAAGGCACAGGAUUUCACAAUGCUGGCAUGACGACAGAAGAGCGUGAGCUCAUUGCGCAGGCUUAUGACCAGGGUGUUAUUAAAGUUCUCGUAGCCACAUGCAGCCUUGCAGCUGGUGUCAACCUUCCGGCGAGGCGAGUUAUCAUCAACGGAGCUCGAAUGGGCCGUGAUCUAGUGGGUCCUGCAAUGCUUCGUCAGAUGUGUGGUCGUGCUGGACGCAAGGGCAAGGAUAGCGCCGGCGAAACCUAUCUCAUCUGCGUGAAAGCCGAUAUGCAGGCUGUCUGUGACUUACUAGACGCUGAUAUGCCGGCCAUUGAGAGCUGUCUAGCACCGGAAAAAAGAGGCCUCAAGAGGGCUAUCCUAGAAGCCGUGGCAACUGGAUUAGUAUCUGGCCUCGAAGCGAUCAAAGAAUAUGUUCAGUGCACGCUUCUCUACCUCACACUAGACAAGAAGAUUGCAUAUACCUUCAUGAAAUCAGCUCUUGAAGAACUAGUCGAUGAAGAGCUCCUCCUUUUCCGAGAAGACGAGUCCUACGAAGCCACUCCCCUAGGACAGGCAGUCGUGGCCUCAGCAUUCUCACCCGAAGACGGCUUAUUCGUCCACGAAGAGCUAAAACGAGCAUUACAAGCCUUCGUCAUGGACGGCGAAAUGCACAUAUUCUACAUGUUUACUCCCCUCCAAGCAGCCAUGAACACACCAAUCGACUGGCAGAUCUUCCGCGAUCAACUAGACCGUCUCGACGAGAGCGGUCUCCGCGCUCUACAAUUCGUCGGAGUCCAACCAGGUUUCGUCAACACAAUGGUCCAAUCCGGCGCUUCUCUCAAAGAAACAACCCCAUGCCAAAUAACCCAAGCCCGCAUCUACCGCCGCGCCUACACAGCCUUCCAACUCAGAGACCUAAGCAACGAAAUCCCCCUCUCAACAAUUUCCCACCGCUACAAUAUCCCCCGCGGCACCGUGCAAACCCUAGCCCAGCAAUGCCACGGCUUCGCCGCCGGAAUCGUCAAAUUCUGCCAGCGCAUGAACUGGGGCAUGUUAGCCGCUGUAUUGGACCAUAUGCGCGAUCGACUUGAGGCCGGUGCGCGUGCGGAUCUGCUCGAGAUGACGCAGGUUACGUUCGUGAAGAGCUGGACGGCGCGGUUGUUGAGGGAAAACGGGUUUAAGAAUUUGAGGGCUUUGGCUGAGGCGGAGCCGAAGGAUUUGGUUCCGAUUCUUAUGAUGGUCAAUCCUCGUAAACUGCAGAAAAGUCAGCUCUAUCCGACCGAGUCGGAGAGGUAUGCUGCCAAGCUACUGGUUAAGGCUGAGACGAUUAUUGCUCAUGCGAUUAAGCUCUGGGAUCGAGAGAUGCAGAUUGACUUGGAGGAAUGA